AUGAAAAAUAUGAUGUUACUUCUCUUGAAUUUACUUUUAGUAACUCAUUCAGAACUCCUACCCAAAGUGGAUUAAUGCACUUGCAAGCAAAUUCUUAGUUCUAAAGAUUGUGCUCAAUUAACUAAGUGUUAAUGGAACUCAGCAUCAGGAGUGUGUGAAGAUCGCAAAUCUACAGACUUGGAAUCCUAUUGCUCAAUGAACAGUUCGAAUUGCCCAACGAAUGGUUGUGCCUUGUAUAAAGGAACUUGUAGGCCAUUCAGUGGGUGUUCUGUAUAUUAAGGAAAAACGCAUGAAGAAUGUCAAAAGAUAACAACUUUGUGCACGACUAACGGGGAAAAUUGUAUUAUGACUGAAUUAUUAUGUGAUAAUUUCAAUGACAUUUAAUUGGCUUGUUAAGUAGAUUCGAGUGGAUAUCCAUGCUAUUGGAAUGAUGAAAAUAAGAAAUGUUACUAAAUUUAAAAUUGUAAGGAACUGCCUUCAACCUUUACUACUCACUAGUCUUGUUAUGAUGCUGGAUAGAUAAAAUAACUAAAAUGUACAGCCAAAGAAGGAGGAGGUUGUGUUGAUAUCACAAGUGAUUGUGGCAGUUUAUAAAGACUAGGAUGUGUAAUAAAUCAAUAAGGUAGUGAGUGUUUUUGGGAUGGAUCUUUAUGUAAAGAUAAGAUUUGUACAAAUGCACCUACUUCUUAUACAACACAUGCUUAAUGUCAAAGUUAUUUAAAUACUUGUUCUCUUAAUUAAGAUCAAAAAGGAUGCAUUGAUAUGCCAGCCACAUGUGAUGUUUAUACUAGUGAACCACAAUGCAUUUCAGUCAAAGAUACUUUAUGUUUUUGGUUCUCAAUUACCUCUGAAUGCAAAUCCUGGAUAUGUGAAAAUGCUCAAUCUACUUAUAACAGUGAUAUCUUAUGCAGAUAAUUCAAAACUGAAUGCACAGUCAAUAAUACGAAUAAUGGUUGUAUUAAGAGAUUGGAAUCAUGUUCUUAAUACACAACUCAAAAUCAAUGUGUUAGUGUAUUGAAUGAUCAACAAACUUGUUAUUGGAAUGGCACCAAAUGUGUUGAUAAAACCUGUGCAAAUGCAGUUCUAGCCAAAUUCGAUCAAGUCUCAUGCAGUAGAUAUAUGUCCUAAUGUGCUGCUGUUAAUAAUAAAUGCACUUUAAAAACUUGUAGCACAUAUUCAAGUGAAAAACAAUGCAGUAAUGACUAUUUAAAUAAUAAAUGUGCUUGGAGUGGGACUUGCACAUUGAAAACAUGCGAGAAUGCCAGUGAUGAGUUAACUUCUCAUAAGGAUUGUUAACAAUGGUUAGAUACUUGCACUGUUUAAUCUGAUCUCAAGGGAUGUCAAAAUUUAGAAUAAGUUUGUAGUAUCUACAAGAUCUAAGAUUAAUGUUACUUGGCAAGCAAUACUAAAUAUUCAUGUUUGUGGAUCAGUGGAUAGUGUGUUCAAAAGAGUUGUUCUACUGCUAGUCUUGAUAUAUCUACCGAUGAGGAGUGUACGAGUUAUUUGAGUGGAUGCAUGAUUAGUAAUCAAAAGAGUGGUUGUGUAAGUCGUAAGGCUACUUGCUUAGAGUUAUUGGAAUACUAAUGUUCAGUCACUAAUACAGGAUCUUUAUGUUUCUGGAAUGGAUCAUAAUGCGUGGUAAGACAAUGUAAUUAAGUUGUUUACAAUACAUUUAAAGCAUGUAAUACAUUUUUAUCAACUUGCACCGCCAAUUAUGAUGGCACUCAAUAUAAUGGAUGUGUGACCAAGGAGACCAAAUGUAACUAAUAUACCAAUGAAUUCAUGUGUAUUGAGAGUUUAUAAGAAGGCAAGUGCAUUUGGAAUAAGAAAGCUACACCUAAUGCUUGUGAAGUUAGAUCCUGUUAGAAUUCAGAUCAGAUCACAAGUGAUGAGGCAUGCAAUAACUUUUUGAAUACUUGUACUGUCAAUUCAGCCAAAACUGGAUGCAUAGAACGUUAUCAAAAAUGUAGUGAAUAUGGAAAUGAAAUCAAUUGUAGAUACACCAAAUCAGGAGUUGAAUGCAUCUGGUAUAACAAUGCUUGCGUAGAUAAAACUUGUGAUAAAGCUGAUAAGAUUUAUACUUCUCAUGAUGAAUGUCAGUCCUUCAGUAAGAAUUGUACUACUAAUGGCAAGGGAUGCAUUAAAAUUGAACAAUGUUCUGCAUACACUACUAAAUCAGGCUGUAUCAUUGAUUCAAGUAAUAAACUAUGUGCAUUCCAACCUAGUUGCAAUCUACAAUAAUGUAGUGAUGCUCCUUAAUCCUAUUCUACUGAUGAAUAAUGUAAAACAUAUAAAAAAGAAUGUACAACAAAUGGAAAUGGUUGUGUUUUGAGAACAUAGUGUUCUGAUGCUUAUAUUGAAUAGGCAUGUGUUACUGACUCCAAUGGUAAUAAGUGUACAUGGUUUAAUAAUAAAUGCGUUGGCUACAGUUGUUAAAGUGCUCCUACUAAGUAUGUCACUGAGAUGGAGUGUCAGUUACAUAAAUUAGGAUGCACUGUAAAUUAAUCUGGAGGGUGUGUAACUAAAGGUCUCUGCAAAGAUGCUAAAAUUUAAUCAGCUUGCACAACAGACAAAUAUGGAAAGUAGUGCAGAUUCACAAAGGAUGGAUGCAGAGAUAUCGUAUGUUCAGAUGUUGCAUACAACAAUCAUUAUGAUUGUGCUAAUUUUGAUCCUAGUUGCUCAUCUGAUGGCUUAACUUGUAUUGCUCAAGCAAACUGCAGUACCAAAAUAUAAAGUGGAUGCUUUUUAGGGAAAGAUGGACCAUGUUUAUGGGUGAGAAAUGCAUGUUAUCAAUAUUCAUCAUGUACAUCUCUGUAAUUCUAGACUCAUGAUUUAUGUUAUGAAUUCAGUAAUGAAUGCACAACUGAUGGAAAUACUUGUAUACCAAUUGACAAAUGUGAGAAAUUGCCUUAAUAAGGGUGUAUUUAAGGAACUAAUGGUAAAUGUGUCUUUCUAUCUGAAAAAAACAAGUGUGUUGUUUUUAAUUCUUGUAAUUCUGUAGAGUAUUCUACUCAUGAGGAAUGUUAGAAAGUGAGUACAACAUGCACAACUGAUGGAACUAAAUGUAUUGAUCUAUAAGAUUGUUCAUCAUACAAAUAAUCUAAUUGCUAUUUAAAUAGUGAUCAAGAAAAUUGUUAUUAUGAUGAAAAAGAAAAGAAAUGCGUUGAUUUGCAAUGUUCUCACCUUUAAUUUACAACUCAUGAUGAAUGCAAUAGUAAAUUAAGAACUUGUACAAGCAAUAACACAAGUUGUAUUUCAAUGGACAAAUGUGAAACUUACACUAAAGACUAUUGCACUACUGCUCUAGGUUCUGAUGGUAAAUGUAAAUAUGAUCCAACUAGUAAUAAAUGCCGUUUAAUUAAAUGCACCGAAUUAGUAGACAAUUGCACUUAGAUUAGUAAAUGUGUAGAUAGUGGAAUUGGGUGUGUAGAAUAAUUAACAUGUGAUAAAUAUCAAACUGAAAAAGGAUGUAAAUAAGCUGGUACUGAUGGAUUUUGUGUCUGGUAUUUAGAUAAUGGAGAAGGAAAAUGUAAAAUCAUGAGUGCUUGUUCAGAUGCUUCAACCAACAAAGAGGCAUGUUAAUCAAGAUCAUGGGCUUGCUAAUGGACUGAAACUGCUACUAAGAGUACCUGUGCCUAACAUACAUGUUCAUCAAAGUCAAAAGAAACUGGAUUAUGUCUACCCAUCUUAGAUUUCUCUCAAAAGAAUUACUAUUUGUGUGCAUUGUCUAGUGACUAGUGCAUUUCAGCAGAGAAAUCUUCUUUAGGAGCAUAAACCUGCUUUUAAUCUACUGCUUAUACAUACACCUGGGAUUCUGCUAAUUCUUUCUGUUUGUAAUGUGGAACAAAAUAUACAAAUACAAGCAAUCAGACAAACACUCCCAACAACACCAAUGUUACAGAUAGUGACAAUUAAGUUAACAUAUUAUUCCCAUUGCUGAGUCUGAUUAUUAGUAUAUAUAUAUGA